CCGCUGCUCGGCGGGCGCCGAUUUGCAUCGCCCGCGCCGUUGGGCGGGGCCGGGUGGCGUUUGACCCGCGCCCGCCUCCUCUUUUUGCACCUCGCCGGACUCUCCGGCCCCUGCCCUCGCCCCCGGCGCCGCCGCCCGCGCCCGCGCCCGCGCCCGCGCCCGCCAGGAACCCAACCUCCUCCACCCCUCCACGGACCCUUUCGCCGCGCCGGGCGCCGGCGUAUAAAACGGGGCUCGGGGCCUGGGUGGGCACAGUGCAGCCAGCACCUCUCAGCCUCUCGAGCCUUCGCAGCAGCCGCCGCCGCCGUCUCCUCCCACCCCGUGACAAUGAUGAAAUUGAUCGCCCUCGCGUGCUUGGUGGCGCUGGCCGCCGCGCGGCCCCAGAAGCCCUCCGACAUCCAGAUCGUGCGCCUCGACAGCGACGUGGGCUUCGACGGCACCUUCCAAUAUGCGUACGAGACGUCGGACGGCACGCAGGCCCAGCAGGAGGGCCGCCUGAAGCAGAUCGGCAACGAGGCCGGGGAGGCCGUGUCGGGCUCCUUCUCGCACAAGACCCCCGAGGGCGAGCAGAUCAGCCUCACCUACGUGGCGGACGAGAACGGCUUCCAGCCGCAGGGCGCGCACCUGCCCACGCCGCCGCCCGUGCCCGAGGCCAUCCUGCGCGCGCUCGAGUACAUUCGCGCCAACCCCCCCAAGGACAUCAACCGCCGCCGCCGCUGAGCGCCCCGCCCCGCCCCCGCCCCACACCCCUUCCCGC